GGACGCUUUCUUGCGAGAGACCGGCUCAGGGUCGGGAGCAUCAAGUGGCAUCCCCAUCCUCCUUUUCUAAAACAAGUAGCCUUUAUUUACCCCCCACGACUCUCAAGUGGUUCCCAUUUUUAGCCACUUGAGUGCUUAAGUCUAGUGGAGGGAGAAUUGGUUUCUCUUUCCAGCCUCUCUAACCCCCUGGCAAGUUGUUUAAACUAAAUGCCUUCCUUUACCUUGGCAGGAAAUGGGGUCUCUAAUGCCAGUAUCUUAUUUUCCCCACCUUUCCAAGAUGGUAGGGCAGCCUCUGUGAAAGUGAUUUUAAGUUCAUUUAACGGUCACUUGCUGGCCUGUGUUUUUGUUUUUAUUUGUAAGCAUUUGCAAGCCACUAGGCAUGUGGCAAAAUAUUAAAAAGUAGUCUUUGAUGUUUAAAUUAAUUCAGAUACCACUUUGGAGGCAACGUGGAAGAGUUUGUGUGGAUGGUGGGAAUUAAUGUUUAUAGUAGCCAUGUCAUUUAGUAAAACCAUUGCAUAGUCAGAUAAUUGAAAAAUUAAAAAAUGGGUCUAGGAUGGGGAUGUUUUAAGGUAAAAAUCUUGGGACGUUUAUAAGUAGUUUCUUAAGUCAAUAUAUUCAGGAAUCCCACUGCCCAUGUUCCAUCAGGUUAAAGAUCUCCCCUGUGCCGUGGGAUGGUCCAGAGAAUUUAUUCUCUCUGGAUCCCUGCAUCUCCUCUCUCACCACACUGCCUCUGUCCAGCGCUUCUCUGCGGGGCCAUCUUUCAGGAGUUUUCUCUGUCUGGGCUGGAUUCUGUUGCCCCAGUUGCUUAGUCAUUAUCACUAGCUUUGUGCUUCUGCUCCUUCCACUAAAAAGCCUUCAUCAUCUGGGGGGAAAGAAAGAACUAUGGUUCUUGCCACUAAAGUCCUCUGUUCACUUGGAAGCGCUAGGGUCCAAGUUGUCAGAGGCUUGAAAGGUCAGUCACCAGAGAAGAUGGACGCUUGCUAAGAGAUUUCUAAAUAGACCCACGGAGUAAGGAUGCUAGAGUUGGCCUGGCCUUGCAUCAUUUGCUGAAAUCUCCAUUGGAGAGAUUCCACUGGACUAUCAAGAGAGGCCCUGUGAGGUGACCACCGAGCUCUGAGAAGCUAAACUGUGCCAAACUGGGCAAUGGUCUAUGACUUUGGCUUAAAUGAUUCUUAGAAAUUAUCCGACCAACUCUUUCAAUUUAUAGAUGAGAAAACUGAGUCAAAGAGAAACAGGCUGAAGGACUAUGGAGGCGAACACCAAGCUGGCCGUUGGCACUGGGACUAUGGAGGUGAACAUCAAGCUGGCCAUCUGCAUUGUUUGCAGCAGCUUUGUCGUUUUCCAGGUUCUUUUCCAUUUUGUCAGUUACUGGUUUUCAGCAAGAGUUUCUUCAGGUUAUAACAGUCUUAGUAUCGACAAGAAGAUCGAAUGGAACUCAAGGGUAGUAUCCACAUGCCACUCUUUGUUGGUUGGGAUUUUUGGCCUAUACCUCUUCUUCUUCGAUGAGGCGACUAUAGCUGAUCCACUCUGGGGUGAUCCAACAUAUGUGAACAUAAAUAUUGCAACUGCUUCAGGCUACCUCAUUUCUGAUUUAUUGAUUAUACUUUUUAAUUGGAAAGUGAUCGGCGACAAAUUUUUUAUAAUUCACCACUGCGCAGCACUAACUGCAUACUCCUUUGUAUUGACAACUGGGGCGCUUGCCUACAUCGCCAAUUUCCGCCUGCUUGCCGAGCUUUCCAGCCCCUUUGUAAACCAGAGGUGGUUCUUUGAAGCCCUGAAGUACCCCAAGUUUUCCAAAGUCAAUGUCAUCAAUGGAAUUCUUAUGACGGUGGUCUUUUUCAUCGUGCGGAUCAUUUCGAUACCUCCAAUGUAUUCCUUCCUUUAUUCCGUGUACGGAACAGAACCCUACAUAAGGUUAGGGUUUGCAAUCCAGUUUGUCUGGAUCUCUACCUGUGUUGUUUUAGAUGUGAUGAAUAUCAUGUGGAUGAUCAAAAUCAUGAAAGGAUGCAUCAAAGUCAUCUCUCUGAUCAGACAAGAGAAAGCCAAGGAUAGCCUUCAGAACGGAAAACUCGAUUAAAGGAGUGCUUCAUCAGACACCUUGUUUCCAUAAGCCAUCCUCCUUCCUCUGUGUUCUGGCCAACAGGAUGAGCUCCUGCGCCGCUCCGUUAGGCAAGGUUGUUUGUUACUCAUGGUUUCAGUGUUCUUUCCUCUGUUCUUUAAUCUUUUGGCAAGAGAAAAUAAAAUUUAGUCUUCAACCCAGGAUUUCUUCUUUCCUUCUAUAUUUUUAAGUAAGCAUGGAUGGAAAUGGAAAGGUUUAAAUAAAAGUUUUAAGUAGAGUGGUGAAACUUUUCUGAACUCUCAGUGUUCAUGGGGAUUAUUCUCUGCAGGAAAAUGGCCGGUGAUUUGGUGGCCUUUGUACACCGCCCAAUUUGCUGAAGGAAUGAGAACAGCUUUUCAGUCUGUGAGCAGCUACAUUGGCUGCGCUCCGUUCUCUUCCAACGUCAGUGCCUGUGUAGGGUUUCAUUUCUAAGUUGCCAGCCUGUCCCUUCCCCAGGCCAUCAGAAAUGACACAGUUUCACUGGGAUAUGCAGUCAUCGGUUAUGAUACGAUAGAGCAUUUCUCAUGUUGAUACUAUCGUAUUUGAUAAUACUUAUGUGUUUUAAGAUUUCAGAUGCUGCUUUAUUUAUCUCUUCAGUGCUUUAUCCAAUUAUAUUUUGAAAAUCUUAUAGUUAGGCAAGGUUUAAGACCCAUCUUGUGGACCACAUGAAUGCCGAUAGAUGACAGCUUGGGCUAAAGGGAGGACUCCCGGGAGGACUCCCGGGAACGUGCCUCAUAACGCCGCCUUCGCCUGCUUUUGGGUACUUUCCCCAUGAAGAUCACAUUUCUUCUUGCAAAGUUUUCCUAGUUCUAAACCUGACACCAGAAUGCCAGUCUUUUCUAGAAUGCACUGGGUUUGCUCCUGAAGUCAGCCUCAUUCUGGUGAGACUAAAACUACAGACAAGUCAGAGUUUGUGCUUUACUCAUAGAUUUUACUCAGGCUUGCUUAGUUUAUCUUUGCCUUUUUGUUUUCUUAAAGAGCAGGAAGGAAGGAGGGAGACUUAACCCAAGUAUUCUGAUGAUCAAAACUGUCAUUCAUUGUGAAAAAAAAUCGUGCGUGUGUGUGUGUGUGUGCGUGUGUGCGUGCAUGCGUGUGCGUGCAUGCGUGUGCGUGCAUGCGU